AUGUUUGGAUACGUCAGUUGCUUCAAGUGCUUUCAAACGUUUAUUUAUUCUUCAAAAAGUGGUACAACACGUCUAAAGGAACACGAAAUCAAAUGCUUCAAAAACAAUUCUUCACCAUCAUCAUCGUCCAUAUCAGUUUCUUCGGAAGUAAUUAAUCAAUCCGAUACUUUAUUAUCAGCUCAAUCAACACUUGCUCAACAUGGGUUCAAAAUGCCCGUAAAAUUAAGUGAAAAAGAUAUUGAAGAUAUGAAAAAAUUAAGUGCUCAACGGAUGUGCGAAAAUAUUCGUCCAUUCUCGGUGAUAGAAGAUUCCGGAUUUCGUACAAUUGCUCAAGAAUUAAUACGUAUUGGUAAAAAUGGUUCAUUUUCAUUUAUUAAGGAUGUGUAA